AUGGCGUCACGAUCUCCAUCCCGAAGCCGUCGUCGGGCUUCAUCGCGCACGCCUCCACGAUCCAAUUCCAACGGCUCGCGCUCGCCGCCUCCAACCCAUCGCCGUCGUCGCCAUGAUUCGCGCUCUCCGUCGCGUUCUCGAUCCAGGAGCGGAAGUCGUGACAGAAGCCGUGAGCGUGGUAGAGAUAGCCGCUCACCCAGCGAAGGUCCUCCCAAGAGAGCCACCAAGAUUGUGGUGGAGAGGUUGUCAAAGAAUGUCAACGAAGAGCAUCUCUACGAAAUCUUUGGCCAAUUUGGUCACAUCAAGGACCUUGAUCUGCCAAUGAACAGAACCUCUGGUACCAACCGAAGCACCGCGUAUAUCUUGUACGAACACCAAGCCGAUGCAGAAGUUGCAAUCUCAUACAUGCACGAGGCGCAAAUCGACGGCGCCAUCAUCAACGUUUCCAUCGUACUGCCACGCAGGAAGUCACCCGGUCCUCCCCUUGCCCGCCGAGGUGCCAACAUCGACCCUCGAGUUCCUUUCCAAAGCUCUCGUGGGGGUGGUCCGCCUUCUGGCCCUCUAGGUGGCGGUGGAGGCGGUGGACGUCGCCGCUUCUCGCCUUCAAGCAGAUAUGGCCCUCGAUCCGAUGUCUACCGACCAAACUCCCUGUCGCCAGCUCGAUCCCCCGGAGGUGUUCCCUCUUCUCGGGGAGGUGGUGGCGGCGGUAGUCGAUACCGUAGUCGAUCCAACGGCUCAUACUCAUCCCGAUCGAGAUCGAGAUCACCAGCGCCCAGACGAAGGGGCGGCGGAGGAGGCAAUGGAGCCAGUCGAUAUGACGAUCGCGAUACCCGACGACGAAGUCGUAGCCGCAGCUUCGACAGCGACCGAAGCGCUUCGCGGAACAGAGGUCGUAAUUACAGGUGA